UCGCUCUCACGCGCGCGCGCGCUCCUGACUCACAGCCACAUGGUCCGCGUGCAGCAGCUCCUCUCCCGGUAUCACCGCUUCCUCCCUCCCCAGCCGCACACGCGUCGGCCGGCUGUUACCACGAAAGAGACUCGGAUUUAGUAACAAUGUGUAGUUUCGCCUCGGUGGCCGGGACAUCUCGUCACGCCGAGGAAAUAUCCGCUUUAGAGGCCCCUCUGCUGGUCGCCGCGCAUCCAUGCGGGGGCAAUAGGCGCAGGUACUGCGAGCGGCAGCUGCGGCAAAUGAAUCCCGACACUCGGGGGCUGCUCCUUUCUUCUCGCUGACCAAUCUCUUCCACGUCUGUUAUAUUUUUUCACACCUAUUCCACGUAUUUUUUUCUCGAUGACUUUAUAUGCUGCCCGAUGACCAUGAGCUAGUUUGCGGCGGCUUGCCGGUAAGGCGAAGCGGCGCCGUCUUACUUCCAGUCGCAUCCAUUAGCAGGCAGCGGACGCGCCGCCUGAUAUGCUGAUGCUCCCUUUUUCUUCUUUUUCUUCUUCUUCUACUUCUUCUUUCUUCUUCUUCUCCCUGUAGCCGCUUGCAUUCACUGUCACGGAGUACUUUUUCCAAACUGGAACCGAGCGACAUGGAUUUGGAUUUUAUAAUCCGGAAGAUAACUUGCCCCCCUCUUGUAUUUGAUGGGGAAAUUUGGUGGUUUUAUCUGAAUGCGGAUUACUAAGAGCCCGCUCCGCUCAAACGUCUUUUCGGACUUGUUUUAGUCAUUUAUUUUUCACUUGUCCAUUAUUUUUGGCCAUAAACCGCAUAAUUCUUUUGUUUUUUUUUAAACAAACGAACAAGCAAUCCAGUUUGGUUGCUCUUGAAUAUUCAUACUCGGAUUAGAUCUUUCCGUUUAGGACGACACUUGCGAUAGAGCUGGAAUAGGUUUUGGAAGUGGAUCCAAUCCAGCCGACCCUCGGCCCGACCAUGCCCCCCAGUGCCGUGUCUAGGGUCCGGACGCUCAGCCCGACCUCCCUGUCGCGCAGCCUGUCCAGGCUGAGGGACUUCAGGACUCGGACGAGGAUCAUGCUUUCGCUCGGAGUUGCUCAGAUGGUGCUGGGCAGCCUGAUCCUGGCCGUCAGUUUCGCCGCACUGGCUCUCACCACUUCCCCAAGGGUCAGACAUUCCUGCCCGUUUUGGGCUGGCUUUUCCGUGCUGCUGUCCGGGCUGAUUGGGGUGGUGUCCUGGAAGAGGCCCCUGUCCUUGGUGAUCACCUUCUUCAUGCUGCUCUCAGCCGUGUGCGUGAUGCUUAACCUGGCCGGAUCCAUCCUGUCCUGUCAGAACGCCCAGCUGGUCAGCUCCCUGGAGGACUGUCAACUGAUCAAGUUCGACAGCGACGGGGUGUGUCUGUGCUGUGAGUUCCAGCAGAGGAGCUCAGGCUGCACCAACCUGGGGGAAACGCUGAAGCUGAACCCCCUGCGAGACUGCAACACCAUCCGGCUGCGGCUCAAGGAGCUGCUCUUCAGCGUGUGUGCCCUGAACGUCAUCUCCACCAUCGUCUGCGCCCUGGCCACGGCCAUGUGCUGCAUGCAGAUGGUGUCUGCUGAUGUUCUGCAGAUGUUCAUGCCACACAGACGAGCCAUGAGCACCGACUGCCUGCCCCCACACAGCUCUCUGCUGCACCAGGCGCUCGACUUUGAUGAGUUCAUCCCACCCAUCCCUCCGCCACCCUACUACCCCCCUGAGUACACCUGCACCCCUGGCAUGGACACGCAGAGGGGGCUGCACCUGGACUUCCCUCACUCACCCUUCAGCACCAUCUACGGGAUGCCCAUCAAUAGCCCUGGGAUGCUGUAUCCUUGCGAGUUGCCCCCACCCUAUGAGGCUGUGGUGGGCCAGACCCCUGCCAGCCAGGUCACCACCAGCCUAGAGCAGCAGGCCACUGAGUCAAGCCUCUGUGAGAGAAACACAACGGCUGGCUUCAGCACGCAGGCCUCAGUGGACAGCGCCUCCCUCCUAGUGUCAGAGGUGGCGGACAUGCCAUAUCGCAGCUGCUCCUCGGAGGACCUGGGCUCCCUGCGCUCUGCCUCCGACUCCUCCCCCUACAGUGCCACACGCAUCGUGCCCACCGACGGCAGCUGCACGAGCCUCGAGCACAGCGCGCGCUGUGCACUGCGCCACCCUGCCCCCGCCCCCUCCGACAGUGGCCGAGGCGAGUCCUCCCACCCCCAGGACUCUGCUGCUGGCUGUGCCCAUGAGCGCUCACACGACUGGUCGCCCGAGAAUGUCAGCAUGCUAGGACGGGAGGAGCUGCUGGGAACCACACCCACUCGGCCCCAAGGCAAAGCCAGUAGGGUGCUAGCUCUGUCUCUGCCCCCACCCCCCACCUCUGCCUCUGCUUCUGCUGCCCCGGUUGCUGCCAGCUCUGCCCCAAGUCCCUCUGCCUGUCCCUCCCCGAUCACCCAGCCCUGUGGCCAUAAGCUCUGCUUUGGUGUAUGGUCACCCAUGCAGCCCCCCUCAGGCUCCGUCCCCAGAAGCUCCUCCCCCUCUGAUCGACCCCGCCCCCGUCGCUCAGCCAGGCACUACCAGAGGCUGCCCUGCAUCGUGCGCUCCACCAGCGACCCCAUCUCCUGUACGUCCACCACAGGAAGCAGCAGCUGUAAUUCUGCUCCCGCUAGUUUCCAGCCCAUUGACAGCUCUCCACAGACCUCACCUGAGCCAGCAGCCUGCUCUGAGCACACAGCAGUGGUGGUCUCCUACCAGGACGCAGCCAGGCACGGCCCCCUGGGCCACUGGAGGCGACGGGAGGCCGGCAGGGUGGACAUCCGGCUUCGACCCCUGACCACGGGGGCCCCUCCCAAGGACCGGCCGCACUCGCUGGCCGACUUCCAGACCUACAGGGACACCAAGAUGCUGGUGGCCAGGUUUCUGGAGCAUUCCAGCUGCAGCCUCCCACCAGAAGUGCAGCAGGUGGUCGACAGCAUCAAGUUCGUCAUCAGGUCUGAGGAGAGGCACAUGGAAGAAGCCAUGAUCAACGCCGACGUCAUCGGCCGGGCGAUGAGACAAACGCACAGAGGCUCUCGGGGGCCCCGGAAGCGGCACUGCGACGAUCUGCACCUGCACAGCUGUGGCGCAUUGAGCUCGCCAUCCCUGCUGCGGUACCGUCCAGGCCCCCGGGCCCAGGCCCGGACCCCUACUGCCACACCACCAUCUGACCGCUCUCAGCGGCCUGUCAGCGUGUGUCGAGAGACCAUCCUCUGACCCGCCGCCAGUCACAGAUCAACCCCCCCAGCAAAAAAAAACAAACAUACAAUCUGACGGUGUGCGACGACCGGCCCCCUCCUCGGCUGCGCAGACGACUGCUCUCCGGAGAUGGAGACAAGCGAGUGGCGAACAACAGAUAAUCUACCGGCCAUAAACACAAGGGGCACGGUGCCAUUACUACUCUAACUAAGUACACAGAAAAUAACAAGAUCAAGGAACUUUUUAAGCUAACCUAACAGGGAAGCCGUAGAAUUUUAUAUAUAAAAAAUAAUUUAAAAAAGAAAAAAAAAAUCAUUUUUUACUCAUCUGUGAAUGUGAUGAUCCUUAACAAAAGGGAUGUGGCCCAGUUCCUUCUGCGAUGUAAAAGUCCAGUUUGCAGACUGGUGCCACCAAACGUGUUAUUUAUUUUAACCACAGUGUGUUGCAGUUCUUAAUCAGUGUUACAAUAAAAGAUGU